CUGGAACCCAAAUAUGUUACCAAUCUUUCUGGGUCGGAUUCCGCCCUUACUAGCCCAUCAGCUACUACUGGACAUCGAAGCCCGCAAGAACUGCUCUCGCUCUCUGAAACAAGCCCCGCCUAUGCAAUAAUUCGAGGAAGUGCGGAGUGCCAUAAUUUGAUCCAGGUAUUUCUCUCGCAAUGCGGGCCCUCUCAAUGGGCGACUUUAGGGCCCCGGUCAUGGAUUUUGCUACUUGGGGGUCCAACGACGAAAGUUGACGCACUUGAAAUGUCAAGUAUGGCUGUUGCCGCUUCAGCAGUAGGGCAGAUGUCUCAAAACAUCGCUCUUACUAAAUCAAGUUUAACUUAUUACACAAGAGGACUUCAUCAGCUGCAGAAGGCUUUGUACAAUCCCGACCUCAUGAAAGAAGACGAAACUCUGGCUGCUUGCAUGGCCCUGAGUCUCUAUGAAGCCAUCGAAUGCCCAGAUUCUGGGACUGAGGGGUACUUUGGUCACUGCAAGGGAAUACUAGCGCUUAUUGAAUCCCGUGGUGCUCAGGCACAUUCUUCGGGUGCUGGUCAUCAGUUGUUUCGAGGCGCUCGAAUUCCAGCCAUUUUGCAUGCUUUGCAAGCUUAUACCUCGACAAUUCUGGUUGAUCCCGCUUGGAUAGAGCAACCAUGGACCAUAAUGCCGAAAACAUUUCUGGAUCGGGUAACAGAUUGCCUUGCUAAAGCUCCAAGCAUCCUAGAACGCUUGCCGCUGUUGCAUCAUUUGAACCCCAAUCAACAACUAGAAUUGGUUCAUGAAUUGGCGCAUGAAUGUUGGCAACUUGAAGAGAGACUGAGCAGAAUUUACGAUGAAAUGCUCUGUUCCACGCCAGGCCCGCUUUACUGGUCGAUUCCAUCCCAAAAGCAUAUCCCAAUCGAUCCUUCUAUCGUUCUCGGUUUCGAGUCCGUUUAUCAGUUUGCUGACUUCCAAUGCGCCUCGACUCUUGUACUACUUUGGGCAACACGGACGAUGCUCUGGUCGGGACUUUCCAAUUUUUACCGCCUCGCCAACGCCCUGUCGACCUUUGGCGUCUCAACCACUGACUACAAUACUAAAGGUGGACUUAGCUCGCUUCCUCCUCUCGGCUACUGUGAGGAUAUUCUCUCUAUGGCACAUCAUGUUUGUCGGUCAGUGGAAUAUUUUCUACGAGAUGAUCUGUUUUUGUCAGGUCCGUUAUCGGUAGCACCGGCGCUAGGUAUUGUGAUUGAUGCUUUGAAAAAUCAACCUUUCAAUCUAGUAGAGGUAUUGUGGCUACAGGGUGCUUUGGAUGCAACUCGAAAGAGAGGUAUUCAAGCCUUGAAAUAUGCCAAACCCAAAUGA